AGUCGUGUCAAAAAUAAAAUUUCAUACUCCCCUUUAAUCUAACGUUUAUUUGAUGAAAUAGACAAAAAUUGCGUAAACUGAGACUAAAUUUGAUGAAAUAGACAAAAAUUUCGUAAACUGAGACUAAAUGACAAUUUGCCCGACCCAACCUGCCCGCCACAAAGCAGUUUCUUCCUCACUUGAAUUUUGCUAUUUGCCUUCGCCAAUUCCACCAAGCUCUCGCUCUCUCCUUCUCGAAACACCAACAUCCCAGCUUCCAAUGGAGGCCGGAGAGCCACAGAUCAUCAGAGACAAGGACCAGAUGCGGAGGUGGUCACGCGCCAUGAGAUCCCAAGGCAAGACCGUCGGACUAGUACCCACAACAAUGGGCUACCUCCACGACGGACACGUGUCCCUCAUCCGAGAAGCUCGCACCCACGCCGACGUCCUCGCCGUCUCGAUCUACGUGAACAAGGGUCAGUCUCCCCCUCGAGAAGACCUUUCCACAUACCCGUCCGCUUUCCACGGCGACAUCCGGAAGCUCACCCAAAUUCCCGGCGGCGUCGACGUCGUUUUUAACCCCCACAACCUAUACGACUAUGGAAAUAACACGGACGCAAAGGCACCAGCGAGUAAUGGGGCACGUGCGAGCGACGGCGGUGAAACGGUGUCCUGCGUGGAGGAGAAGGGGGCGGGGCACGAGACGUCGGUGAGGGUGGAGAGGUUGGAGAAGGGGAUGUGCGGGCGGAGCAGGCCUGUGUUUUUUAGAGGGGUGGCGACGGUGGUGAGCAAGCUGUUUAACAUUGUGGAGCCGGAUGUUGCGGUGUUUGGGAAGCAGGAUUAUCAGCAAUGGCGGAUUAUUCAGCGGAUGGUUCGAGAUCUUGAUUUUUCUAUUAGAGUGAUAGGUUCUGAAAUAGUGCGGGAAAAUGACGGCCUGGCGAUGGGUUCACGCAAUGUGCGCCUCUCACCUGAAGAACGGGAAAAGGCACGUUGUAUAAGCAAGUCACUGUCAAAAGCUAGAUCUUCUGCAGAAAAGGGACAAAUUAAUUGUAAAGAGUUGAGAGACUUGGUCGUCGAAGCGAUUAGUGAAGCCGGUGGAAGUGUCGACUAUGCUGAGGUGAGUUUUGUUGGAAGCUUGGAGUCGGUAGAAGAGAUCAGACGUUCGGUUGUGUUGUGUGUUGCUGCCUGGUUCGGGUUAGUCAGACCGAUAGACAACAUGGAGAUCAAUAAAUGAAUCAUUGUCUUCCUACUUCGUACUUCAUAGUUCAUACAACAUACAUAGAAGAAUGUCGAAGAGGUUGGACUUGUUUUUCCGUUUGACAAAAGCCAUUUUCAUACAUUAUUCUUAAGGGACGUUUUCCCUCAUGUUUUCGAUUCUCAAAUGAAAGCGAAAAGAAGCACAUUUCCCUCA